UCAGUCUUUGUGCGCAGCAGAGCAAAAAUUGAUGGAAUUACUGAUUUGCAAGAGGAAAAGUCAACUUUGAAAGCUGGAUGAACUUGUGGACUAUCACUUCUAACAUCAGAGUUAAGGCUGUUAUUUCACGUUUGGGUUAAAUUUCUCAGUUUAUCAUCUUUCUAACGGUUUCUGAACUCGGGAGCAAGUGAUCUUUACGCCCAGAUUGCGCCAUGGCGAACUCGUGUCUCCAACUGAGCGGCUUCCUCAUCAGCUGCCUCGGCUGGCUCGGCAUCAUCAUCGCGACGGCCACCAACGAAUGGGUGAACUUGUGUAAAUACGGUUUGAACACCUGCAAGAAGAUGGAUGAGCUGGGAGUCAAGGGACCCUGGGCGGAAUGCGUCAUCUCCACAGGACUGUACCACUGCGUGUCCCUGACGCAGAUCCUGGAACUGCCAGCCUACAUCCAGACCGCACGCGCCCUGAUGGUCACAGGUUCAAUCCUGGGUCUCCCAGCUGUGGGGAUGCUCCUCAUGUCCAUGCCCUGCAUCAACCUUGGCAACGAGCCGCAGAGCUCCAAGAACAGACGCACCAUCCUGGGAGGAGUCCUCAUACUCAUAGUCGCGUUGUGCGGUAUGGUUUCCACGGUCUGGUUUCCCAUCGGUGCUCACCAGGAGCAAGGCCUCAUGUCGUUUGGCUUCUCCCUCUACACCGGCUGGGUGGGCACUAUUUUCUCUCUGACGGGCGGCUCCAUCCUCACCUGCUGCUCAUCGGACUCCUCCUCCUCCCGCUCCUACCAGGACAACAACCGCUUCUACUACUCCAAACAGGGAGGAGGCAACCAGCCAGCCGCCCCCUCCACCAAUCACGCCAAGAGUGCCCACGUCUGAGCCGGGAGAGAUUCAGGAUCUCUCGUGGAAGUGUAGGGGGACUGUAACUAUAGUCUGUAUAUAGAGACCUAUACAUAAGAGCAAACACACACAUAUUCACAUUCAGCACAGUACGUAUUAGAUGCAAACCUGUACUGUAGGAGGAGGCUCAUUCACACACUCACUCCUGUUGGUUUAAAGUAGAAGGGAAACAAACACGUACAGAAAAGAGACAUUCACACAUCCAAACACACAAAGACUGCUUUUGUUGGAGCUCUUUUUCCAUCAAAGGAUUGUUUUUGCAUCUCAGAGCUCGUCUUCCUCCGGCCUUGUCCUGAGUGCGGAUUCAAACCAUCAAGUUUAUAAUCACCUGAGGUCUCGUGGACUCAAAUAUUGAUCUUCUAUAUUAGUUCUAUUUUUCUAUUAUGCAUCUAUUGAGAAGAAAUCUCAUGAGCGGCUUUGUUGAUAAUCACAUUUUAAAAUCAUGAUCUGUUGUUUUGAAAAGAGCAGGGUAUGACAGUGUUAACAUUGUUUAUCUUCCUCUUUUUAUGUCUAUUGAACAACUCUCCGGUGCUUUUUGCUUCUUGAGUGAUGAAAAGAAGGGUGGCACUGUUUUUUUUAUCUAUCUUCUUAAGGACAACAAGUUAAAUGAUGAGAGAUUAAAAUCCCAGGAGAGCUUUAGCUUUACAUUUUCACAGUCUGCAUCAGAGCCGUAAUAUGUGCACUGACCUGGCAAAAACAACUUAGAAAAGAAAACGUUCAUGUUUUGUCCAGAUCUGCCAUUUUACAGUGUUUCCUUAUCUAAAAUCACCUUACACAUUCAUCUUUGACUAACUUACUUAAUCAUUUUAGAUGUGGACAACAACCGAGAGACAAAACAGCAGCUUAUCCUGUAACUAAUUCCAUAAAAUUGUUCUUUGAAAAGGUAUUUACCACUAGUAUGUGUUUAAAAAUCAGUAUUAUGUAGAUUAGCUUCUCUUGAAGGAACGCGAUGACUUGAAUGUUCAGUUUCUCAAACGUGCUCUGAUCUGCACAGAUGGAACCUUGUAUUCCAAACUGGAUAUUUCCACCUCAGACACACGAGGAAGCAGUGUUAGCUGGUUAUUUAUUGUUUCAUUGAUGAGCUAUUGUUUGAUUUUAUACAAUAAAAAAGAUACAA